GCGGCAUGACCAACAAAUUAAUGAAUAAAUAAACAAAAUCACCUAUUUCAUUUCGUGUGGUUCACUCCAUUUCUUAAUUUUCUUUCAUUUUCUCUACCAUGGCGGAAACCUCAACCCUAUUCAGAUUCAGAUUCUCGUCUCCUCCAUUCAAUUCCAUUUCUCCUUCCAAACCUUUCUCAUUCAUCAACAACAACUCUUUCACUCUCUCUUCACGUCCUUCUAUCUCUCAUCAACCUCUUCUCCGUUUCUCCCCCAUAGCCAAUCAUUCCAAUAACAACAACUCCUCCGCCGAUGAUUCUUUCGAUUUCUUCCCUUGGUCCGAUUCCGAUAGCGAAAUCCAAUGGGUUGCUCAGGACCGAUUUACCUUCUUCACCGAUGAUGGAUUGGUCCAGAUCGGAGGCUCAGUGGUUCCUCGUCGCGUCAGGUCUUUGGAUAAGCAAGGGAAAUCCAGAACUGCUAAAAAAUACCAACGGUAUCAAGAAAGUAAUUAUAUGGACCCCAAUCAAGGCCUUUGUCUGGGUGCACUCUUUGAUAUUGCAGCUACAAAUGGACUAGAUAUGAGCAGAAGACUCUGCAUUUUUGGUUUUUGCCGCUCCAUUGAGAUGCUUAGUGAUGUAGUGGAAGAUACUGUUUUGGAGCAUGGUGGGGAGGUUAUUGCUGCAGAGAAGGCAAGCAGAGGUGAUUUGCAUGAAAAGCUAACCAUGACUGUUGCGGUACCAUUACUAUGGGGCGUUCCUCCAGCUUCUGAGACACUUCACCUAGCUGUUAAAAGUGGAGGAGGGAUUGUAGAGAAGGUCUAUUGGCAAUGGGACUUUCUGUAGAUAUAUUAUAGGUCUUCUAACCAUUCUUUGUGCACUCUGUACAUAAAAUUAGUAUCUCUGUAUAUGCACAAAAAAAGUUGUCAUUGUAUCUCUGUACAUGUACAAAAGAUUAUUUUCAUGUUAAUGUUAAUAUCCAAUUGUCCUUUCUAUAA